AAGCAGCUCCGUGACUAGCUUCCGGUUAGCUCAGUUAGCUAGUGCUUGUCGCUGUGUCCAGGUGUGUUGUGAGUCUGCGCAGCAACAAUGUGUUCCGUUGAGCCUCUGAGAGAGUUUAUCAGAGAGAGACUAACUGCUGCUGCUGAAGAAAUCUUCACCCAGCUGGAAAAAACCAUCGUCCAGUACGAGGAGGAGAUCGACCGGCAGCGGAGACUGCUGGACCUCACCUGGAGACCCCGAACCGAGCAGAACCCCGCAGACGUCCAGCAGCGUCUUCUCAGCAGGAAGCAGCAGGUUCUGAUGGCGCCACUGCUCUCCAACCAGGAGACGCUUUCUGGACUGACGGAACCAGAACCAGAAACUGUGGACCGGGACCCAGAGGCUGUGCAGGUUAAAGAGGAGCCGGAUGAUGAGAUUGCAGGUCGGGAUGAAAAUCAGCUCCAUCUAAAGCAGGAGGCCAAUUCCUUCACGGUGAGUCCAGCUGAGGAGGAUGGAGAGGACAGCAACCUGGACCCGGUCCCAUCAGAAUCGGGCCCUGGAGCCCAGGAUGAAGAGCCGGAGGCGAGCCGGGAUGAAGCGCGGGAACAGAACGGGAAGCGGAUGGAGCAGAAGCCUCCGCAGGGUCUGUUUUCCUGUAAGAUGUGCAGCAAGUCUUUCAGCCAGAAGGGAAGCCUGACCAAACACCUGCGGCUGCACGCCGGCGGGAACCCGUUCACCUGCCUGAGCUGCGGCCGCAGCUUCCGCAAACACUUCAGCCUCAUCGUCCACAUGAGGAUCCACACCGGGGAGAAACCCUUCCCCUGCCUUGUCUGCGGUAAGAGCUUCUGCCAGCGGGGCAACCUGAACGUCCACAUGCGCACGCACACCGGCGAGAAGCCCUUCCCCUGUCUCACCUGCGGGAAACACUUCCAGAGGAAGAGCAACCUGACUGCCCACAUGAGGAUUCACAAGAGGAACGCGUUGUGCGUUUCCAUGGCGACGAAUGAGGCAGUUUGACGAGAGGAGGGGAGACAGAUGCUGUGUCCGUUUCCAACAUGGCCGCCUCAGAAGACGUGGAGUUCCCGCAGCCGCCAGUUCUUCCUCGUUGCUUCUGUGUGUUAACGCUGCUUCAUGUCUCUCUAACAUUCAACUUGUACAGAAUCUCAGUUUUACAGUUUAACGUCAGAGACUCAGAAACAAAAACAUAAAAUCUUCACAGUAUGAGUGUUUAAGGACAGUGGUGGAUACGCAACAUCUAAACAUUUCCAUAACUACGUUUCAUCGUUUUUAUGCACAGUUUGAAGUAUGACAUCAGAAAAGGUUGAUGGAAAUGGCAAAAUUCAAAAUAACUUCUUCAAUUUCAUAAAGUUUUUACAUCCCUUGAGGUGGUUUAAGGCUUUUCCAAAAAAGACUUAAUGCACUUAAUGGGAAUAAGUUCUGAUGUAGCGAACGCUGCCAUCCACUGGUGGGUCUGUGCCUUACCAGAAGCACGAAUCCGAAAUGUUUGCUCCACGUUAGCUAGUAAUGUCUACUUCCUGUUUGUCACAUCCAUGCGUAGCAUCAACAUCUGAUGAGCCUGGUUGAUUCACUUCAAACCUGUAGAUGGAAACAUGACUGAUACGCUUUUUCUUUUUUUUUUGCUGCAUUUUAAAAUUUCAUUCAAAAUUCACAGGAAUUGGAUGAACGAUGGUGAUGUAACAAAAUACAACAGAUUUAAAUAUGAACAACAUCAGACAGAUGUUAGAGCUCCUGGGUCCUUCAAACAGUCUAAGCUGUUUCCCAGCUUUAGUCCAUAUUUGGUCGUUUCCUUUUGCUCUGGCACCACCGGACCCGGCAGAACCCAGACAGGCCAGCCUGAGCAUCAAGCUUCAUAAAUCACUCCCAGAACUGGGGUCAGAGGUCAAGCUCCAGCUGCACAGACUCUUCAUCACUUAGUGAUGUUUAGUUCUGGUUGAACUGAAUUGUUUUUUUUAUUCAUUUCCUUUAACAUUUUUCUGGGAGUAUUUCAUGUUUUAGUUUUAGGUUAUUUUUCUGAUGUGCAAUUCUUCAUCUGGUUUAGUGAUUCUAUUAAACUUUAACUUUAAUGUUAUUCUCAUC